AUGAGACCUGUCUUGCCUACGAACCAUCCUCUCAACACUCGGUCCUCAGGUCGGCCUGACAGCUUGGUACGCCCUUCUUCGACUGUACCUGCUGCCUGUUUCAUCACCACAGAGGCCGACCUUGACGCUCGCCGAGAUCGCUCCCGUCCGCGGUUCCGCCAGCAAAGCGAUCGGCGCAAGUGUAGCCGUAACUCGCGCCGGCCUUCAACCCCGCGUCAACGACGUUCGCCUCCUCGUACCGGCUGUAAGCCUGCGUAUCUCGCAUCGGAGUCUGAUGGUUCCGAUUCAGACGAUUCUUCGGUUGAAUCUGUUGUCGAACAAGAGCCCUCGAAUUUACCGUCGCAGCCAAGCACUCCGUCCCUGAUCGGUCUUUCGCAUUCUGGUUCUGUCAUGAGCAUCUCGUCGCAAAGCUGCUCCCUAACAGGUCCCUCCAUCGACGCCCAUAGCGACUUGAUCCAUGAUGAUGUCUCCUUACCCGUAACAGAUCUGGCAGAUAAUCCGGAAAACCAAGGCACGAUUCCUCAGCUUAUCAUGCCGAGCUUGAUGGUUCCACGACGUCGUCCUUUCUCGGAAGUGGGUAAAUCUUUGGGCAAGCUAAAGAUCAUGGUCGCUGGGCAAUGCGGUAUUGGGAAAACUUCUCUCAUCAAGACUCUGGCAGAACGUUGCGAGCACAUCGUUCACAUGGAUCCAAUAGAGAAUCGCAGUGCGGUGCAUGCUACUGAAACAUAUGCUAGCUCGCGCCCACAGCCGUGGUGGCGAUCUGACUCUGAACUCGCCCUGACAACACGGAGGCGGAUUUCUACCACCGGUGAUGUCCUUGAUAGGAAUGGCUCGUGGCGUGAUCUCCAUUAUGUCGAAUCUCACUUGGCAUCUCUCAUGAAUAAGCCCAUGGCUGAUUCGGAUCUGUUCACCUUGGUCAACUCUGGCGGCGAGCCAAUUGUGGACGCUCUGCUCUACCUUAUUCCUCACAGCGGCCUUGUACGAGAGGAUGUCGAGUACAUUAAGCGCGCUCAGCGCAUGACUAACGUAAUCCCAGUUCUUACUAGGGUUGACGAGCUUGCACCAGAGGAAAUCAAGCAUAUCAAACAGCAAGUUGUGAAGAGUCUGGUUGAUAAGGACGUUGAUUACUUCUCCUUUGCGGGGCCUGACGACUCAGAGGAGACCAAGUGUGUCUAUGCCGUUUCUACCGAAUCUCGGCCGGACUACGACACCAUGGACGCCAGUACUCUCAUGGACUCGGAAUACAUCCCGCCGCUUUUGCCUACAGAUCUGAGCCGGCUCGUCGACAACGUCUUUUCCCUGGACGGUAGCGCUCGAUUACGGCACUCUGCAGCGGUGAAAUGUAUCAAAUGGAGACGUGAUCACGGGGAUAACUUGCUUCAAAAUGCCUUGUCAAGCGGAGCCUUGGUGUCUCGAUCUAUUCCCGAGCGGGCCAUGAGAUUGAGGUCCUUCAGGCGGACCCCGAGCUGGGAUCGACUGGAGCUCUAUAACUGGGCGAACAACCUGCGUCAGAGUCUUCAAUCCGAGAGAUUAUACCAUCUGAUGGAAGAGAGGGCCAUUUCAAACGCUGUGGCGAAGCAGUCGAGUCUAGUACACGUUCCCUGCAACGGCAAGAAAAAGACGCAGUCCAAGAAACGGAAAGCUCCUCAGCCUACACACCAGGACCCACUCGGCCUCUUGGAGAUGGGGGGAGGCCUCAAGCAGAAAGGGAUGCUGGCCCUAGAAAUGGUGAGCAGUGUUGGCCUGGUUGGUUUGGUAGCUUCCAAGAUCAUGCACACUGGCUGGUCUGACGGGAUGUGUUCUGUUGUUGCAUCACGAAGAAGAAACAUAGAGGUUGGACGGCUGAGCAUGGUCUUGUCUUUCUAG